AUGGGUCACCUGGUGCGUGCCCUGCCUCGUUCUCUGACGUUUCAGAUGCCGCCUCUUCGCCGUGGCCCAUGCCUCCUUCUCAACCGUGGCUCUCACGUUCAGAUCUAUGCAGGAGGAAUGCUGCAACCAAAGCUAACGCGCCCCAGUACCAGCAGUGUGGUCAUCAAUUUGCAGAGCUGCACGCCUUGCGUUUCAUGGCUGUGCGGUGCCAUCUUGCAGCGUGAGUGGCAUCUCCGCUUCGGAAGCUUUGGACAUCGGCUCAGACUCGUCGAAUGCGGGAAAGGGCUCGUACAAGGAAAGGGUCGAUUCAGACUGCAACGCCCAGGAGUGGAUGGACCACCCAGUGUUGAAAGGUUGGACCAGACGCUUCCUCAGCAGGUUCACCUGGCCAACAAAGGGGCAGAGUCCAUCUCGAAGAAGUUCGAACAUUUCAGUGCGCAUCCCAGACAGUCAGCUUGGAAGCUGCACGGGUUCGCUGGAAGUCGUUUGGUGGAAAGCUUAGCGCUGCGUGGAAGUGGCCGAUGGAUUGGGCGAGAGUCGGGUCUUGUGCAGCGAUUUGCCAAACUUGUCCCGGCGCGUGUAGUGCACGUGUUGCUGGCCAGUGGAAAUCAGCUUCGAAAUCUAGAUAAGCAGCUAGCGCUGCUGUCGAGAUUUCCAUUCCUCAAGAAGCUAGAGCUCUUCGACAAUCCCGUGGCGGAGGAGCCGGACUACAGGCUGCGCCUGAUCUACCACGUGCCUCAGGUGGAGCUUUUGGACCAGCACACGGUGAAGCUGCCGGAGAGACUUCGUGCGGACGAGGUGGUGCCCAACUUGGAUAAGGUCUCCGCAGCAAAGGUGGAGAAGCCUCGACCAAAGGGCCACCAGUUCUCCGUGCUGGAGAGGAUUGGGCUUUGGGUGUAUGCUCGAUACUCGCUUUUUGUGCUGCAUCCCCCCAUCGGCUUGGGCUGGACAAAACGACAUAGGUGCUGCGGCAUGAUCGUUCACCAAACAGCAUCAUGGGAGAUCACCUGGCAACAGGAAGCGCGACGGCAACCCAGCAAAUUGGCCUCCCGCAGCCAGCUCCCGUGCCCCUGCCCCCACCCCCCCUUCCCUGUCCUUCCUCAGGAUCGGGCGCAGACCCAAAAAAAGAAUUCUCAAGAGAGCAUCUGCAAGAGUUUCGACUAA